AUGUGGAGAAGAAGAGUUUUCUCUUUGUUCCGAUACUUCUCUUCUGAACCAGAAACCCCAUCUCCUCCUUCCGUUUAUUCCUUCCUCCAGCCCUCAAUCUUUGCUGUAAGAAAACCCCAAUGCAAUCAACCUACUAAUCAAACCCCAAAAUCUACAUCCAUAGAUAACCAACUUAACCCCAAUCUCGAAUCCACUCUCCAACUGUCUCUCCAGGAAAAUAACACAGACGAAGCUUGGAAGUGUUUCAAAUCUCUUUCAUCGUCAUCUUCAUUAUUACCAAGUAAGCCUCUCAUUAACUCAUUGAUUGCUCGUUUGUGUUCAGCCGGGAACGACACUCACAAUCUCAAAAGGGCGUUUGCUACUUUGAUGUUCGUGUUAGAGACAAACCCAGAUGUAUUAGACCCUAAAUCAGUCAAGACUUUCUUAAUUUCAAUCAAGGAUACAAAUGGUGCCCCUGCUUUUGCAUUGGUCAAGUCUAUGCUCAAGAACAGGUACUUCAUUCCUUUUGGCAUCUGGGGAGAUACGCUUGUGGAGAUUAGUAAGAAAAAUGGUAGAUUUUGUGACUUUUUCGAGGUCUUCAAUGAGAACUGUAGGAUAGCAAAGGAGGAAAAGUUAGAAUCUUUGAAACCCGAUUUGUCUGCUUGUAACGCUGCUUUGGAGGGCUGUUGCCAUGAACUUGAAUCAGUUUCUGACGCCCACAAGGUGCUCGACGUAAUGUCUCUCUUAGGUGUUCGCCCAGAUGAGACCACUUUUAGUUACCUUGCUUAUCUAUACGCAACAAAAGGACUCGAGAACAAGAUAAUCGAACUACAAGACUUGGUAUCUAGGUUCAAAUUUCCUAAUAAAACCAUUUUUAUUAGCAAUCUGAUAAGCGGAUAUGUAAAAUCAGGCUAUCUAGAAUCUGUUUCCAUCACUAUCUUGCAAAGUUUAAAAGAAUCAGAUCAAAAAGGUCUAAACUUUCUUGAAGAAACUUAUCUCAAAAUAGUAAAAGGAUAUCUUGACCAUGGAAGCAUCAAAGAUUUAGCAAGAUUAAUACUUGAAGCUCAAAAGUUAGAAUCUACAUCUGUAACAGUUGAAAACUCCAUUGGAUAUGGUAUCAUAAACGCAUGUGUUAAUAAUCUUGGUUUAUUAGAAAAAGCACAUAACAUUCUUGAUGAAAUGAAUAUAUUAGGAGGUUCAAUAGGGCUUGGAGUUUACGUGUCAAUCUUGAAAGCUUACACUAAAGAACAAAGAACAGCAGAAGCUUCACAAAUGGUAUCAGAAAUGUGUAGUUUAGGGUUAGAACUCGAUGUUAAUAUCUUUGAUGCUUUAAUAGACGUGUGUAUGUCUAGUCAAGAUUUUGAGUCAGCAUUUUCACUUUUUAGAGACAUGAGGGAAGCAAGAAUACAUGAAUUAACAGGUAGUUAUUUAACAAUAAUGACAGGAUUAACAGAAAACCAUAGACCUGAACUUAUGGCAGCCUUUUUAGAUGAAGUAGUUGAUGAUCCACGGGUCAAAAUCGGGACCCACGAUUGGAAUUCGAUUAUCCAUGCGUUUUGUAAAGCGGGUCGUUUAGAGGAUGCAAGAAGAACACUUAGGAGGAUGAUUUUUCUUCAAUUUGAACCUAGUGAGCAAACGUAUGUUUCUUUGGUGAAUGGAUAUAUGAAUGCGGGAGAUUAUUUUAGUGUUUUGAUGAUGUGGAAUGAUGUUAAGAAACGAGGUGAUAAAGGUUUGAAAUUGGAUCAUGGUUUGGUUGAUGGGUUGUUGUAUGGGUUGGUGAAAGGGGGGUUCUUUGAUGCUGUGAUGGAAGUUGUGGAGAGGUCUCAAGAGAUGAAGAUAUUUGUAGAUAAAUGGAGGUAUAAACAAGCGUUUAUGGAGACUCAUAAGAAGCUUAAAGUGUCGAAAUUGAGAAAAAGAAGUGUUAAGAAAAUGGAAGCUCUUAUUGCUUUUAAAAAUUGGGCUGGUCUAAAUACAUGA